AAACAGCUCACCCGAUCCCCUCCAAACAAUACAACACUCCACCCCUUUUUAUAUUUAUUAUCAAAAUUCCGAUGUUACCAAGAACAACACUCAUGAAUACCAAUUUUUAACACCAAUCUCCAUUUUCGCUCUAUUCCAUCUUUCUCUGUAAUGGGUUUUGUCAAUUCUCUAAUUUUGAUCAUUCAUUUCUUUCCCAGCUAAUUGACAUUUCUCCAUUUUUAUCUGUUUUUUGUUCUUUCUUAUUCAAUUAUAGUCUGCGUUUUCAUUUUCUUUUACUGAUACACCAACAAUGGCGAGUGCAUAUGCUGCCUUUUUCUCGCCUUCUUUACCUUCUACUCUCAAGAAUAGGAUUUCUCCUUCUAUAGCUUUUAAUGGAUCUGGGUCUCGUUCCCAUCCGGGUUUUAGCAAUUGGGUUUUUUGCUCCUCCAAUGAAGGUGCUGAUAAAUAUGCUGUUCCUACUGCUGUUGAAUCAAGAGUUUCUAGGCUAGUAAAUAGAGGUUGCAAGCUAGUUGGUUGUGGUUCGAGUGUACCGAAAUUGGUGAUCUCCAAUGAUGACCUUUCUAAAAUGGUAGAAACUUCAGAUGAAUGGAUAUCUACUCGCACUGGGAUUCGCAAAAGGCGUGUACUUUCAGGUGAAGAUAGUUUGAUAGGCUUAGCUACUGAUGCCGCAAGGAAUGCUUUGGAGAUGGCCAACAUUCAACCUGAUGAUGUUGACCUUGUUUUGAUGUGCACUUCUACUGGGGAGGACCUCUUCGGUAGUGCUCCUCAGGUUCAAAGAGCUCUAGGAUGUAGCCGAAAUCCUUUGGCUUAUGAUAUUACUGCAGCUUGCAGUGGAUUUAUGCUGGGUUUGGUGUCUGCUGCUUGUCACGUAAGGGGUGGUGGGUUUAAUAAUGUACUAGUUAUAGGUGCAGAUGCUCUAUCUCGUUUUAUAGAUUGGACGGAUAGAGGGACUUGCAUUCUUUUUGGUGAUGCUGCUGGUGCUGUUGUUUUGCAGGCCUGUGACGGUGAGGAUGACGGGCUGUUUGCGUUUGACUUCCAUAGCGACGGUGAGGGUGCAAGGCAUUUGAAUGCAUCUCUGCGGCAUGAUGAAACGGAUGCAGCAAUGGGUGGAAAUGGUGCUGUGAAUGGUUUCCCUCCAAGGCCCACCUCUUAUUCACGUAUUAGCAUGAAUGGAAAAGAGGUAUUUCGGUUUGCCGUCCGAUGUGUACCCCAGUCAAUUGAGACCGCACUUCAAAAGGCAGGUCUCAGUGGUUUCGAUAUUGAUUGGUUACUAUUACAUCAGGCAAACCAGAGGAUAAUCGAUGCUGUUGCAACACGUCUAGAGGUUCCUUCAGAUCGCGUAAUUUCAAAUUUGGCAAAUUAUGGCAACACUAGUGCUGCAUCAAUCCCCUUGGCAUUAGAUGAAGCCAUUCGAGGGGGAAAAGUGAAACCUGGACAUAUCAUUGCAGCUUCUGGAUUUGGUGCUGGUCUUACGUGGGGUUCGGCCAUUUUGAGAUGGGGUUAAGACGAAAAGAUUUCGCUAUAUAUCUAAUCAUUCAAGCUAAAGGGGGAAGAAGGGAUUCGUGGAAAUGGUGUUUAAAUACCUGCAGUCGGUACUCAAAGAAUCCCACUUCCCCCGGUAUACAUGAUUCAAUCGCUGCAAUUUCUGGUGUGUUAUAUUUGUAUUACCUUUCUUCGACUUCUGUAAACUCUAUUUUCUACAUUAGCUGAAUUUAUUCUCACCCAGCAAAAUAAAAAUUGUUCUUCAUAGUUUUUUUUCUUUCCUUUUAAUUUAUUUUCAGGUGAGAUUCUGUUAGACCUUGUAUUUUAAACCGAUUUGUGUUGUACAUUCGUCUUGAUAAAAUUAUUGAACUAGUCUUUUCUGGAAGGCA